AUAUUAACGAGUAGUUGGUUGUCUUUUGAAGUCACUGAAGGCAGUCUAGCACUGUAUAGUUUCUUUGUCUCUACCACUCUCUCUCUUUUUCUUCACAAACGCGACAUAGUCGGUCGGUCGGUUGGUUGUUCUCUCACUCAGUCAGCCAGUCAGUCAGUCAGACAUCAGGUAUAAUUCUAAUAUUAGUCAUGAUUGAAGAAGUAAUCUAGCUUUUCAAGAAAACUAAAGAAAGUAUUGGUACGGCAGAAAAUUGAUCUUAAAAACAGUUGGGACUUUUGAGUUGGCAAGCAUGCGAUUUAAGUACACAGUUGGCAAGGUUGAUUGGGCUAAUCUUCCAAAGGAACUUUUGACCACCAUAGCUAAACAUUUGACUUUCUUGGAAGAUGUCAUUAGCUUUAGUGUUGUCUGUAAGUCAUGGCAAUUGGCUGUUGCUUUAGAGAGGCCCUCUUUGCCUCCCAAGUUUCCAGUACUGAUGCUUAUACAAAUAAAAGAUAAACAAGGUGGAGGCAAUGAAGACAAGGAGAAUAUGCAAAUCCAGAAAUCCUUCACACUUAUUUCACGAGGACUUUUCGUUUCACUAGAGAAGGAAAAGAGAACAAGCACAAGUGAGAGUUGCACACUGCGUUUUGAGUCCCAUGUUUGCAGGCUUAAUUUCAUAAAAGCUGCUUACAAAAGAUGCUUAGGAUCAAAAUUUGGAUGGUUACUAACUUUAAGUGUGGAUUCACAAAUUAGCCUCUUGCAUCCCUUCUCAAGACAUCAACUUCAGCUUCCUCCUAAUCCUAACUUUGAUGAUCUGGUUGAUCCUCAUCACCCUGCUUUUAGUGAGCUCUUUGAUCCUAACAUGACUCGCAAUCCUGAAGAUUUCAGUGACACCUUCAUACGGAAAGCUGUUCUAUCAUCAAAUCCCUGGAAGAACUCAACUUGCAACGACCAUGAAGUAAGUGACUUUGUAAUAAUGGCAAUCUUCUCAGAAGCUUGUAUAUUGGCAAUUGCAAGACCAGGAGACAGGGUUUGGACCAAAGUGCAAGUACCCUCUCAUUAUUAUUAUGACACCAUAUACCAUAAGGACAAAUUUUAUGCUGUUGAUUGCAAAGGUGCAUUGGUUGUUUUCGAAUUUUUUCGUGACCAGAGUCCAAGAGGUACUGUUAUUGCACCAGGUCCUCAAGGAAUGAUUGAUUCUUUCAUAAAGUAUCUUGUUGAAUCUUCAGGUGAUCUUUUGCUUGUUUCAAGGGCUCGCACAAAAUGUGUUCGUAGGACUAAAUAUGAUGUUAGAAUUGAGGAGCCUCCCUAUUGGACGUAUAGGUUCAAAAUUUUUAAGCUGGAAGAAUGUACUCAGGUGGGAAGUGAAUACAAGUACAAUUGGAUUGAAUUGAACAACUUGGGCAGCAAGACACUGUUUGUAGGUACUUCAUCUGUGUCUUUAAAUGCAUCAGACAGUAGGGGAAGCUGCCAAGCCAACUGCAUAUACUUCACAGAUGACUUUAAAUACGGACACGGACAUGACAUGGGUGUCUUUAAUGUGGAAAAUGGAACUGUUGAACACCAUUUUCUCAACAAACCCUCUACUUACUCUUCUGUUCCUUUUUGGUAUCUAUAAUCUUUUAUAGAGAGAAUAUGUUUAUUGGCAUAUGUGAAUUCGUUCUCCCUUAUUAGAAAUAUAACAGCUACUAAAACUGAUGAGUCAAUUAUACCAAGAAUGUUGCAUAAA